AUGGACUGGGACCAGUUUGACCUGAACCCUAAAGUAAUUGCUGCCCUUAAGAAAGCUGACAUAAAAUCAGUAAAAGAGAUUUUAAAUCUUUCUGGAGCAGACUUGCAAAGAUUGAUGAAACUAUCCAGUGCAGAUAUACAGUGCUUACUGAAAACAGUCUCUCACACGCUGAGGAGAAAUAGUAUGCUGACAGCACUUCAGCUCUACCAAGAUAAAGACUGUCUCACCUCCCAACACCAGAAGCUCAGCCUAGGAUGUUCAGUACUAGAUAACUUGUUAAAAGGUGGCAUUCCUUUAGUGGGAAUCACAGGACUGGCUGGCGAAAGUUCUGCUGGGAAGACUCAGAUUAGUUUACAGCUGUGCCUUUGUGUGCAGUAUCCUUACAAAUAUGGUGGAUUAGAGUCUGUGAAAUAUAUAGUGGAUUUGGAAGUUGCAUCUGAAAAUGGGAGAUUUUCAGAUGCAACCCUGGAGAGCCAGCGUGGGGAUGGACCGUUGGGUGGAAAUGUUCAGGAUGUCUCGUGUUGCCAAGCUCUGUUAGCAGCUUCAGCCACUUUA